AUGCCUGCUCCUCCAUCCACCCCCGCCACAGCCAAAAGAUCGAACAAGAACGCAGGCGGUGAUGAUGAAGAAGGGUCAUCAGGCUGGAGGUGGAAGCAUAAUAAAAAGAACUCGACGAUAUGUGUCGGACCGGAUGGGCGUACUGGUGAAGAUUACCUCAUCGACUGGAUGUCCGUGCCCGAGAACUGGGCUGCCUACUCGGACUCCAACAAUAGAGCCAAGUUCGCCGCUACGGUGAUCUACAAAUGGCUCCUUGAGAAAAAGAUCAAGAAUUUUGACAAGGCUAAGGCCUCUGGGGUCCAGGAUCGGAUUCAAAAAAUGAAGAAGGCAUUCGAUGAAGUGUUGGCCAUCCAAAAGCCCACUGGAGAAGGGGUCACGGAGGAUGACCUGGCUAGAGACAUCGAAACGUGGGAGGCCAAAAUCAAAGAGAAAUGCCCGUUCUUCUUCACCCUCCUCCCUUCGUUGAAAGACCGAAACGCCAAUAUCACUGCGCAAAGCAGUGUGCAUCAGAUGGGCGACAUAGAAGUCUCAAUCACCCCCUCUAUGGCCCGCCGUGUGUCUUCGCGCUCCAACAUCGAGGACCAAUCCGUUGGAAUGGAGGAUGAGGGCGACGAGAAUGACGACGUCUUCAGCGUCAGGGGGACCAGAGCCAAUUAUCUGUCUACCAACAUUACCAGCAAUCACGGGGUUGCUGACGAGCCGACUUCUGGGGCGAGGGGUGCCGGCUCUCUCUCCAACGGAUCAAGGGCACGGGCGUCCCUCAAUGCCCAGGACACCCCAACCUCUGGCAAGGGCAGGCGCGGCAACGCCAGCCUGAACGAGCAACUUCAAGGUCUUUUUAAGGACCAUUCCACAGCCAAUAUCAAGGGGCGUAAGGAGAUAGCGGAGCAGCAAGCCCAGGCGGUGCUUGAGCAGUACAAGGUCGCUGAGCAAGCGAGGAGAUUUGAGGGAGAAGUGCCAAUGAAGAAUGAAAGGUUGAAGGUUGAGGAUACAAGGUAUGAAGCGAGGCUUAAGAUCGAACAAGAGGAGCGUGAGGCGAAGAGGAAGAGGGAUGAUGUGGAUGCCCAUUGGAGGAAUGUGAAGGCGCAAAGGGAGGAACUCCGGGCUCAGGAUGAGAUGGCUGCAAAGAAGUGGGAGUUUGAGCGCGAGCUUAUAAAGGAGUAUGUGGCUGAUGGCGAUACAAGAGAGGAGGCAAAGAGGAAGGCAAUUGAAGAGACCAAAAGGCGCUUUACAUAUGAUUGA